AAAUCUUCCGAGAGGUCGGGCAGACUCUGGCAAGAGAGACAGAGAGAGCUCUUUUUUUCACUUCACGCAAAAAAGACACCACCCAUCACCACCCCCUUCCCAUCAAUUGGCAGCCAACGAAGCUCCUUCUUCGACCCUGGAGCCGCCCACAUCGACGCAUCCCGAUCCGAGAUCCAGAUACCCCGAUUUUCAAUCCGUCGACGUCCUCUCUCUUCCACAACACCAAACCCCCCGGUCCAAGAUGUCUUCCGCCCUCGCCCGCCCGCUGAUGCGGACCACCGCUCGCACCCUCCCUUCCCGCGUCGCCGCCCGCUUCGAGUCGACCACCACCAAGAAGGCCACCGAAUCCGCAAAGGACGCUGCCGGCAAGGCCAGCGAGUACUCGGCCAAGGCUGCUCAGGGCCUCAGCCGCGCCGCCAGCGCCGCUGGUCCCGCUCUGUCUGGUGCCGUCAACGCCCUCGGCAAGGUCGGCGGCCGCACCGGCAAGGUUAUCAACUUCAUUGAGAAGCAGGUUCCCUGGGUCAUCUACUACUCCCGAGUCACUCUUGAGCUGUCCAAGAUUGUCUUCCACGGCCAGAAGAUGGCUCCUCCCCCCGUCAGCACCUUCCAGUCCUACUUCCAGACCGCCCUCGGCGCCGUCAAGAACCCCAACGCCCUCCUGAGCUCCGCCUCCUCAGCCGCCAGCUCCGCCGCCAACACCGCCGCCGCCGCGAAGCCCGCCAACAUCGCCUCCCGCAUCAACACCGCGACCGUGGCCACCGGUGCCGUUGUCGCCGCUGAGUGCCUCGGUUUCUUCACCGUCGGCGAGAUGCUCGGCCGCUUCAAGCUCGUCGGCUAUCACGGCGAGACCCACGCCGCUGCCCACUAAACGGAGAAAGAACCUUUUGAAAUCUGCUUCCCCGCCAUCUCGUACCGAUUCGAAACGACGAUGUGGAUGAGGGCGAGAGAUUCGUUUCCCGGGUUAUUAAUUC